AUGCCUUUCAUCGACCUCCAGUCAUCCUCUGGUCCGCUGAGUAUGCACUACACCAUCUCUACUCCGAGCAACCCGAGCGCAGACGCUAUCGAUGAGAGCCUGCCCACGGUCCUCUUCCUCCACGCCAUCUACCUCGGACAACAGAUAUAUGAACUCCAGUUCAAGGACCCCAAACUUAGAAGAUUCAACCUUGUCGCGAUCGAUUCACGCGGCCACGGUGAAACCUCAGGGCCCGUACCAACGACAUGGAGUCCAACGGCCUGUGCGGAGGACAUAUAUUGUUUUAUGCAAAAAGUCAAGCUUCCGCCUUGCCAUUUUGUAUCAAUGUCGAUGCACACGUUGUCUGCGGCUCAUUUCACUGUGUUAUAUCCGGAGAUGGUCCUCUCGCAGUUCUUCAUCUCCCCUGUUCCCGACCACGAGGACGAAGACGUGAUAGCUGGAAGAAAGGAAAUCUACGAGUGCUGGGUGCAAGGAUUUGCGGACCCGGAAAACGUCGACGAGGCCGCGGUCCAGGAUGCCGUCUAUGGCGCACUCCAGCUCGCCUUCAAUAACCUUGAUAGUCCUCUCAUGUCGACGCUAUGGAAGACUGCAAUUCCACCGGCCAUCGUCCAGUGGGGCCCCGGGAAGUUCGACGCAUACUGGAACACCUGCAUCUCGUUCUUCGCAAAUAGUAAAGCCUUUACGCCUGAACAGAUUGCGAAAAUGAGGGGCACCCCAAGCAAAAUAAUCCAUGGACAGAACGAUAUUGCGUAUCCUUUGGAGUUAUCGGAGCGUGUGGUGGAUCUUUUGACGAAGGAAGGUGUGGAUGCGGAACUUAUGCAGAUCCCCCGGGCAACGCAUUAUGCGUGCAUUACGGCAGCGAGCGAGAUCAAUACUAUGCUGCAUGAAUGGAUUUUGAAGCAUACGAAGAGCGAUGCUCCUCCCAUCCCCGGUGAAGCGAUCUCACCUUGGAAGGAAUUCCUCGGCGACUACGAAGAACACGAGGAUUCAGAUUGAUUGAAGCCGAACUAAGUAUGGCUACAUUUUCCAAUGUUUCUCCCCAUUCUCGUGUAUAAACAAUCCCCACCAUUCCUCGUUUUGUUGAAUAUUUCGUGCUCUCUGAUGUCCUACCUGUAUCGAAUAUACUAUAUGUAUGUUAUCAAGUGUCAC